AUGGCCUGGAGUCUCCGUGGGAAAGUUCAGCUCGGGGGGCUGCUCCUCUCCCUCCUUGGCUGGAUCUGCUCAUGUGUCACCACCGUCCUGCCCCAGUGGAAGACACUUAAUCUGGACCUGAACGAAAUGGAGACCUGGAUCAUGGGGCUUUGGGAGGUCUGCGUGGAUCAGGAGGAAGCUGGCACGGCGUGCAAGGCCUUCGAGUCCUUCUUGUCUCUGCCCCAGGAGCUCCAGGUAGCCCGUAUCCUCAUGGUAGUCUCCCAUGCUCUGGGCCUACUGGGGCUUCUGCUCUCUGGCCUCGGGUCCGAAUGCUUCCAGUUUCACAGGAUCAGAAGAGUAUUCAAGCAGAGGCUUGGCCUCCUGGGAGGGACUCUGGGGGCAUCAGCUUCAGCAACUACCCUCCUUCCAGUCUCCUGGGUGGCCCAUGCCACAGUCCGAAACUUCUGGGAUGACAACAUCCCCGAGAUUGUACCUCGGUGGGAGUUUGGGGAUGCCCUCUACCUGGGCUGGGCUGCCGGUGUUCUCCUGGCUCUUGGAGGGUUGCUCUUCCUCUUCUCUGCCUGUCUGGAAAAAGAAGAUGCACCUUCCUCCUUGUUGGCAGAUCCUACAGUCCCCCCAUCCUGUGCUCCAGUGAAGGAGUCGGAUGGCUCCUUCCACCUUACAGCAAGACCUAGAAACCUGGUCAUCUAG